UAAUUAAUGAAACGACAGUUUCCAUUGAUACAGCGAAAUUUUAUUUCAAAAUUAUCUACGUAUAUAUGUUUAACAUUAGUUAUAUGUAUAUACUUACAGCCGUUGUAUCGAAAUUGGAUCAAAGUGUUGGCGAAGUAAUAGAUGCAUUGAGAAAUCGCGAGAUGUUGGAAAACAGUAUAGUAGUCUUCAUGAGCGAUAAUGGCGCACCAACUGAGGGUACACUAAGUAAUCAGGGCAGCAAUUAUCCUCUUCGAGGCUGUUUCUACAUCUUAAACUCUGUUAAAACUCUGAAAAUUUUUCAGAUAAAGGACAGUCCAUGGGAAGGUGGAACAAGAGGAGUUGCAGCCAUCUGGAGUCCUUUGAUUAAAAAAACUAAAAGAGUUUCAAAUCAAAUGAUGUUCAUGUCCGAUUGGCUUCCUACACUUUUGUCUGCAGCAGGAGUGAAUAAGAAGCAACUCGGAAACAUCGAUGGAUUCGAUCUUUGGCCAGCUUUAGUGUCGGACAAAAUUAGUCCCAGGUCCGAAAUAGUGAUCAAUAUCGAUGAUCUCAGUAAUUAUGCUGCUAUUAGACGAGGUGAUUUUAAAUAUAUUAUCGGCCAGACAGAAACUGGAAGUGCCUGGCUUGGAGCAAGUGGAAAUUCAUCCGAAGGCACUUCCCCUCAAUACGACCCUUACAAAGUGUUGUACAGCAAAACGGGUAUCGCUAUUUCCGCUAUUGUUACUGCUAGAAAAGCGAUGAAACUAAAGGAAAGAAAAAAAAGAGAUGUAAAAACCAUAUACGAUAUUAUUUCAAAGACCAAUUCUCCAAUUCAAGAGAAGACGCUUACCAUCAAAGAUAUUUCUGAGAUGCGAAAAGAAGCACAGAUAAAAUGUAACAUCAAAGAAAAAGACAAGACUUCUUGUGAACCUGUAAUAGCACCAUGUCUCUUUGACAUAAGAAAUGAUCCCUGUGAAAUGGUGAAUCUUGCUGAAAAAAGACCAGUAAUUUUAGCCGUGUUGAAAAAGAUUCUUAUGAAGCACAGAUUAAGUGUGAUACCUCCUAGUAAUUUGGAUGGAGAUCCCAGAGCGAAUCCAUUGCUUUGGAAUAAUACUUGGACCAGUUGGGACGAACCUAAUCCAUUAGCACUUACUUAUACAAAUGCUAAGGAGUUUCAACAUAAUUCCGAUUCGGCAAUUGUAGUAAUGUCUAUUAUUUGUGGUCUUUUUGUUGUUGGAGUAAUCAUAAAUAGUCUCGGCAGUUGGCACUUGGCAGGAAUGUAUCCAGAAGGCAAGGAUUUCACUUCACCGUCAUUAAUAUUCCAUCACAUGUGUACCACCUUUGGUGUGCUACAACAUCGUGUUAAUUUAUUAUAAUAAAUAUUUCUAGAAUAUUGGAAUUUCGAAAAGAGAAACAAUAAUGAGAUUAUAU